AUGUCCGAAGGGAUUGACAACCUGAAAUCCCUUUACGACCGUGUCGGGAAGGCUUUCUCCGGCGGUCCUUCUGCGGCACAGGAUGUGCCGCGUCGUACUGCUCAACCAGACCCAGUACGUCGAUCAUCAGUUGGGAGCGGGGCUCCCAAGAAUCCCAGGACGGGGGAUAGCCGCGCCACCGGACGAGAUAACUCGUCCGACGUCCGUUCACGUCGCGGUGGUUCAACAGCUGCUCAACUAGAUAGCGCUGGCUACCGCGAGAGUCCUCUAAUGGAGGUGGAGGAGGAGGAAAGACGCUCUUCACACGAUCAUGUGGAUCGGUGUGUUCCCGAGAGCUUCAUUGAUCGCGUAACGCAAGGGUUACGCGGCGAUCUCGAACAUGAGCGGGACAGGCGUCUUCAAAUGGCGGACGCUGCCUCGAAGCAUCGAGCUGAGUUUGCCUUUGCUCAGCUUGAGAACGAGAGAUCUCUGACAUCUCUGCGUGACGAGCUAAGGGUAGCUUGUGUGGAUAUGGACCGGUCUCGGGCUGAGAUAACUGCUCUUCAGACCCUUGUCGAUGCCCACCAUCGGGAGCACAAGGCUCUCUGCGAGAUGCUUGAGCGCAAGGGCGUUCUUCAUCGGAAGAAACAGCGUACUGAUGGUACAGCUUAA